AUGUCAGUCCUCCGACAUGGAGGAGGGGGCGGCUUCCUCCAGCGGCGCCUCACGAAGCUCUAUACAGAUACCAAAACAUCUUGCGAAAGUGUUACAACGGCAUCAAAGGCCCUCGACGACCCAGAACUUGUCGCCCUUCAUGGCAGUUUUCAGAAGCAGAGAGAUCGCUUACUGUCAUGGGGUCUCGAUUGGAGCGACGCGAGCGCUGCGCAGCCCAAUGAUAUAGACGAGUCUUUGACUGCCGCUGGAUUCAGUGACGUCGUCGAGAGUGUAAUGUCCUCUAUUCAAGAGCUUCUCAAUGACGCCGAACGAGUACAACAUUUGGAUGCGCCGAUGCUUCCUUCGAAAGAACGCAAGGUUGAUCUCCCAUCGAAAGAAUCCCUCGGAAACACACCCCUGAAGACGCAAUGGACGGAAGAAGAUAUCACCCGCUCAAAGUCCAUACUGAAUGAACUCACCGGCUGCAUUGAUACCCUUUACGACCUGUCUCGCUCCCGCCGAACGAUGGCCUCGAGCAUGUCAUCUAGCAGAAAUAGCGCGCGGCGCCAACGACCCAACCUUAACUCACCUUACGACUCCUCCCACGGAUCUUUCUCCGAAUCCAAGGAGAAAGUCCAAAGUCCAAAACAGAUGUUUGACCCAUUCGCCUACUCGCCUUCAACUCCGCAUCGCGAUUCUACCAACCCCUUCCUCCCACAAAACCGUCUGCUCAUCGAUCGCUCAAGCUUACAAUUAUAUGGAGCGGCCCAUGAUAAUUGCCCACCACCAUAUGAGCCCGUUGCGGCGUCCUCGAACUCGCGCGCCAUUGGGCGCUUGAACUCUUCUGCAUCGCCGCUUCUUGCCUCGACAAAAGAGUCGCAUGUCUCCGUGCUGGUCGAGUUCAUGCCCAUUUUAGCAGAAGCUAAGAUGGACAACAAGAGCUCCCGCAUGGAAAAACUACAGCAAUCUCUCGAGCAAUUGUUGCAAAAUGCUAGGAUCUCUCACUUGGGUCUUAUGCGAUUCUUGGGCUACUCUAUUGACCAGUCCAAUGCGCGAUAUGCGUUCCUUUAUCAGAUGCCUGUUGACUAUUUCCCUUUCUUACAAAAUCCCAGCGACCUGCUUAAAGAGUUGAAGCCUAAACCCUUAGUGGCUCUUCUUCCUUCAGCCGAUGAGCAUCGGGAAAACAGAGUACCAAACCUGGACACUCGUUUUCGGCUGGCAUACGACUUGCUGAUGUCUGCACUCCAUUUGAGGAGUCAAAAUGCUGUUCAUGGAAACAUUAACAGCAGUAAUGUCAUAUUCUUCCCUGGUCGAAGUGAUGCGAGUGAUGACGAGAGUGGCCUUGCUCCUGAUCUCCGUCGUCCUUAUCUCACUUCCCCGGCAAGGUUCUCGGGAGAUGGACCCACACCUGAGCCACUAUCCUCCGCGAUGUAUCGUCACCCAGAGGAUAAGAGAUCAGUCGAAGAUGAUGGCGCGUGGGCAUAUGAUCUCUACUCCCUUGGCCUUAUCCUACUCGAAAUCGGACUGUGGGCCCCAGUUGGACGGCUUUGGAAGAUGAAGUAUGAUCGCACGUGGUUCAAACACCGCGUGGAAGACCUUUACGUCAAGAAACUUGGCCCCAAGUGCGGUGGUGCUUACCUUCAAGCUGUUCAGCUAUGUCUUGAUGCUCCCAACUUCCAUCUCUCCACACAGCCUAUGACUGAUCUCGGUCUUCGUGUGCCACAAAUCUACCACUACCCGGUCCUUGACCUAUCUGACCCCGACGGCACAUUCUCCUUCUCUAUGAACUUCAUGUACACGAUCUGCAAGAUUCUUUGGUCUUGCUGCCGCAUUGAUAUCUUCUCGGCGCCUUCGGCAGAAGAAUUGGAUGAUUGCCUCCCACUUGCACUCGUUCCGACACCUGAGCCAGUGACUAUCCAGGAUAAGGUCAAUGCCUAUAAAUCAUCAAAGCGUGAGAUGAUUGCCAACCUUGACAAGAAACUCCCUAGCGUUCCUACCAAUGAGUGGGGUGUUGUCAACGAACCCAAAGCAUACGAACCCCCACAAAAGAAACGCACCGUUAAGAGACUUCCGCAUUUGGAAAUUCCAGAUGAGCAUCUCCAAGAGUGGAACUUUCAUAUGAUGCCUCGAUUGAGUCGUCUCCUGCAGAAAAUCUUAAAGGAGUCAUCUGAGUCAUGCGGAGUCAAUCUCAUUAUGACUGGGGAGUCGACCGAAAGUGCCAAAACGACCAUCUGCAUUACUUGCGGAAGCGUGAAAAAGGUCAGAAUGGCGCUCAAGAAGCACUUUGCUCUUGGUCGGGAUGAUUGGGACUUGAUCGUGCUGCGUGGUGACAUCGAGCGGUCUAAGGUACCACGCAAUCGACGUCGCAGACCAGCUAAGGCUCGGCCUAACAUCUCGAAUGAGACACCCUUUCGCCAGCGAGAGCUCAACCCUUGUCACCAGCAGCGACCCCUCUGCGGGGCUUCUAUAGGAGCCUUUCAAAAUGAAGAGCACCUGCCUCCUGUAUCAUACGGUGGUGCGAUAUUCGUCGACGGCUUGCCAUACGGCCUGACUGUGCACCACAUGCUGGAAGCUCCCAGCGAAGAUGAAGAUCAGGGCAGUUCCCUUGCAGACCCUAGCCAAGAUGCCCCUUCUAGAUCGGCGGGAAAUUGGCACGGCGACAACUCGCAAUUUUCCAAUCCUGAAUUUAUGUACACUCAAUCCGAGGAAGAACCCUCAGAGGCUGGCCUUGAGUUUGAACUGUCCGAUCUGGAAGAUGGAGACGAUGGGUCAGCAUCUCAAGGCCUAGAGUCUGGCUAUGAUGAGUAUUGGCUUUCAGAUGAAGAAUCAUCGGACGAUGACUCUCUUGGCCCCGACGACGAUGACGACGAUGCUGCAUCUAUUGGCGAUACCGCAGGUAUUGAGCCAGGCGAAGAGCCCCGUCUCCUUGUCACCCAGCCAGCCAUUGAUGACGUGCAUGACGAUUUUUUUCCAUCCCUCGAAGACCGUGAUGAUGAGCACUUGGCCUCACACUCUCUCGGUUAUGUCCACGCCUCCUCUGGCGUUCGGCGCUGGACCCGAAAGGGUCUCAAGCACGAGAUUGACUGGGCCCUUAUAAAAGUUGAUGACGCCCGUAUGGACCCCCGCAACAUCAUCCUUGACACGACCAGGUCCAGCAUCGCUCGUCCUGGCCGUCCAGUCCCACCCCAGCCCAUCUUUCUCAACCGAAUAGCCCAGAUGGAGGAGCUAGGUGGCCUGCAGGUCCAUUGCUGUGGCAGGACGAGUGGACUACAAACCGGGGAGAUAUCCAAGGCAAUGACCUUAGUCAAACUGCAUGGACGGCAUUCUUUUUCAACCAGCUUUUGCGUCCAUGGAAACUUUGGAGCCCCCGGUGACUCUGGCGCAUGGGUCUUCGACCGUCCGACCGGUCGCGUCUGCGGACACGUUCUUGCCUGGUCCGCAAAGAGCAAUACCACCUACAUCUCCCCGAUGGAGGUGACCUUCGAUGACAUCGCCCGCACUCUCAAUGCCUCUCUCGUCGCUCUCCCCGGCGACCCUACCACUCCUCUCGGUUACGUCGACCCUUCCUCGCCGGCUGGCCCUUACCGCUACCAGCCCCAGCGACUGCCCGGCGAUUUUGGCCGUCUGGCGCUCGGAGGCUCCCCGGGCCCGCCACUCCCACCUCACCCCCAUCCCUACCCACAUCCCCACGCCCGCCCGGAGUAUGGUCGUCCUCCACCUCCACCACCUCCUCCCGGUUCAUACCGCGGCCCCGUGCCUCCCAUCCCGCCGUCUCUGCUGACUGGCCCCCGCAAUAUUGAGCGCCAGCUUGCUUGA